UUUGUAAAAUGUGGAUAUCUUAACAUUAAACAGAGGAAAUCCUUAAGAAGUUUUUCAUACCUGUGCAAUUUGCACAGAAAUGAGUAACGCUGGUCGGCCUAACGCAAUGAAUAAUUUUCCACCUGGCGUUAAUCCUGAAAAUAAUAUUUUACCCGGAGGUCCAUUGGUAAAUCAAAUGAUGAAUCGUAAUAACCGAAACAACAAUCAAAACCCGCUUUUCAACGUCAGAGAGAGGCUAUUUCAUGCCUUGUUCUUCAAAUUUGCAGUUGCAUAUGCGAGAACAUUUCCAAGGCCUGUUAGAAGAUUUUUUGAAUUCCUUGUGCUGUUAAAAGCUCUUGUUGCAUUUUUUGUUCUUGCAUAUAUUCAUAUAGCAUUCUCAAGAACACCAACAACUUGCCUGAAUCAUGUGAAGGAUUCUUGGCCACGACAUGGCAUCCUUCGUGUGGAAAUAUUGAAAAAUCCUGCGCAUGAUUAUACUAUUGAACAGAGCUAUGCAAAGGAAAGAAAAUUGAAAAGGGACAAGGAAGAAUUCAAUUCUAUGCUUGGAAUUUUAGCUACCGAAGGAUUCAUCAAUAUAGAAUCGUCGUCUAAUGAAGAUAUAAAGGAAGAUGGAUAUCUUCGCGAUGGAACUGAUUAUGGGAACAUCACCCGAGUCCUUGAUGAGAAUGUAGACGAAGUUCCACAAGAUCAAAUCAUGGAGACUGCAUAUUUCGUUGAAAGCAAGGACACAUUGCCUGAUAAUCCAGAGCCUGAUCUUAAUACAACGAUAAUGCCCGUAGUAGAUGUGGAACCAACAACAUCAAUAUGGCAAGGACUUAUGGGACUUGUAGACGAGUUGGAAGGAGAUUCAAAAAUAUCUGAAGAAUCUCUUGAUGUGGCAGCCGCUAAUGACACUUCAAGAGAUGAAGAUUACAUCCUCGAGUAUUCAUUAGAAUAUGGUUUUCUAAGACUUACGCCCAGUGCUCGUUUGCAUUUCAAGAUUCCUGUAAAAAUAGUUACAUUGGAUCCUCAAAAAGACGCUUGUUUCGGGGAUUCCUUCUCACGGUUCGUUCUCGAUGAGUUCUUAGGAUAUGAUGACCUUCUCAUGGCUUCAAUAAAGACAUUGGCUGAACAAGAGGAUAACAAAGGUUAUUUAAGGAACGUGAUAACUGGAGAGCACUAUCGCUUUGUCUCAAUGCUGACGUCACGCACCUCAUACAUCGCAGCCUUCUUCAUUAUGCUAGUCUUUACGGUGUCGAUUUCAAUGCUGCUUCGGUACGCCCACCACCAGAUCUUCGUCUUUAUUGUGGAUCUGCUGCAAAUGCUGGAGUUCAAUGUGGCGGUCUCCUUCCCGGCAGCGCCCCUGUUAACCGUCAUAUUGGCAUUAGUCGGUAUGGAGGCAAUAAUGUCGGAGUUCUUCAAUGAUACGACGACGGCUUUCUACAUCAUCCUGAUCGUGUGGAUAGCCGAUCAGUACGAUGCGAUUUGCUGCCAUACGUCCAUUGCCAAGCGGCAUUGGUUGAGAUUCUUCUACCUGUACCACUUUUCGUUCUACGCGUAUCACUAUCGCUUCAAUGGACAGUACAGCAGUCUGGCUUUGGUGACCUCCUGGCUCUUCAUACAACACUCCAUGUUGUACUUCUUCCAUCACUACGAGUUGCCUGUAAUACUACAGCAGGCCCACCUGCAGCAGCUACUCCUCCGGACUCACCAUGGUAUGGGAGGCAUGAUGGGGCUAGCGGGGAUCGCAGCUCUGGCUAGCGGCGCUGCCUAUCACGACGCGCCCGGCACCGCCACACAAGCCACUCCGCCUACCACACAGUCAACCACGCAAACUGUACAAAACACCGCUCAAUCUACAACUCAAACUUCGCCUUCGGUAUCCACCGCACAGACUAAUACAACUCAUACGGGUGAAGUCAUGCCAUCAAGAUUGUCUUUCCCGGAGACAACAGCAACGGGAACAAACACUGUUGAUGAUAAUACAAUUGCACCUUCGCCGUUGUCUAAUCAACAUAAUGAUCUAAUAAGGAACUCCGAAAAGAAUACUUCUAUCAACCAGUCUGGUGACAAUGGCAUGAAAAUUGAGGAGAUUACAAGAAAACAAUCUGACAGCGAUAUCGGAAUGGUUAAAAGUAAUAAUUCGGCUGCGGGCGAUUUUGAGAGCACCAAAAAACUGUUGCCUGCCUCGGCUAGCGAUGAGAAUGUCAACAUUAGAGUCGCCAAAGUUGACAUGGCGACGUUAGACCGCAGACGAAACGAGAACAUGGUGCUGUCUGUGGACGAGCCGCCGCCGGGCAACGGCAACGCGGCGACUGCGGUGAGGCUGGCUCCUAGAGCUUCCCCUGAGGCUGACGACUUAGAUUAGAACACUAACAUUGAUGUUAACCGCUUUGAAUAUGAAUAUUCAGUUUAUAUAUCUAUUUUAGCUUAGAAUAAAGUUUAAAAUUCUUGGUCAAAAAUAAUUUCAUGAAAUGGGAUGCUCAGACGGUACUUAUAAAAAAUGUAAAGAAGGGUAAGUGAUUGCAUAAGAUGGAU